AUGACAACCAUUCCCGAACAAUUCACUGGCUAUGCUGCUAUGGAUGAAAGCGCAGGCAAGAAGCUUGAUUUAGAAAUCUACAAGUACACACCUCAAAAAUGGCACGAAGGCUUGAUUGACAUCAAGAUCACUCAUUCUUCAAUCUGUGGUAGUUGUAUCCAUACACUUACUAAUGGUUGGCCUAGUCCUACCCAAUAUCCAGCUAUCUGUGGUCAUGAGAUUGUUGGAGAAGUCGUUCGGGCUGGACAGACUAGUGGUCAUAAGCUUGGAUCUCGUGUUGGAGUAGGUGCUCAAUCUGGAUCAUGCGGAUCCUGUGAAUGGUGUGAAGACGAUCAAGAGCCAUUUUGUGAAACAGGAAUGAUAGGAACUUAUCAAGGGAAAUGGGAGGAUGGAUCUCUUGCCCAGGGAGGAUAUGCCGAUUAUAUUCGGGUCCAAGGUCCGUCUACUUUUCACAUCUUCUCUUUAAUCGUAUACCAUGGUCUUCUCAUUCUAAGGACGUGUUUGCAAUCUUUAGGUAAAUUUGCGAUUGAGAUCCCUGAGGAACUUUCAUCCGAGACUGCUGCUCCUAUGAUGUGUGCCGGCAUUACCACCUAUAAUCCAGUGAAGAUGGGCGGCGCUGGGCCUGGUAAAAAGGUCGCUAUAGUAGGUAUCGGAGGUUUAGGACAUUUAGGUUUACAAUGGGCCAAAGCUCUAGGAGCCGAUACAUAUGCCAUAAGUCAUUCAGACUCAAAAUUAGGAGAUGCGGAAAAACUAGGAGUUAAAAAAGAAAAUUUCAUUAUUGCAAAAGAUCAAGAAGAAACUGCGAAGAAAUGGAAAGAUAAAUUUGAUUUAAUUGUUUGUACUAGUUUUCAAAAAGAUUUACCGAUUGAAACACUUUAUUUUAAAUUAUUAAGACCUCAAGGUAGAUUAACUAUUGUUGGUUUACCAGAAGAAAAGAUUCCGGCUUUCUUUGGUCAAGCUUUGGUUAAUAAAGCAAUCAGUUUUGGUGGAAGUAUUAUUGGACCACCUGUUUUGAUUAAAGAGAUGCUUGAUGUGGCCGUCAAACAUAAUGUUAGAUCUUGGACUUCUUCUCAUCCGAUGAAAGAAGUUUCACAAAAAGUUAAAGAUAUGGAUCAAGGAAAAGGUACGUCUUUCUUGAUCUCUUCAACUCGUGUCUUUUAUUCUGAUUCAUUAAUAUUCAAUCUUCCUUUUUACUUUUUGAUUUUUCUAUUUGAUGGUUCAACUUCAAAUGAAAUAGCCCGCUACAGAUUCGUCAUGACUAACUGA